UGGGGGAGGAAGACUUGUGAGGAAUUGGUUUGGACGAGACGCUUUAUCACGAUGCGAGAGUGCAAGGCACGCGUGGAUUGUCGACUAUGGGCGCAUACACCGUGGUUUUGAUAUCUUCAUUUUCUCUGCCUAGCCUUUGUGCGCGUUCUCGGGGUCCUGUAUCAUAUGUACAGUAUGGUGUUUGGUAUAUUGAGGGGAUCUUGCUGAGACAGAUGUGUCUGGGUCAGGGCUGGACUACAGCACAUGGACAGGAGGUCCCGCUCUGUGGUUACCGUCCAUAUGAUGGAUGGUGGAUAUUUUGGGUAUUUUGCAGGUUAGCGGCGCAUUAUUGGUCUUUGCAUUUCAGCAUACUUAUAUGAUCUUUUUUCAGCUCUAGAUAUUUGAGAGUAACAGGCAAGUAUGUUUUGUCGACAUGGGGAUUAA